CUCCCCUCGUCCCAGUUUCUCUCUCCCCACUCCGCUCGCAGACUAUUCAUGCCGUCCAAACCGAACCGAUCAGUAGUCCCAAGGAACCGCAUGCCGGAUCUGCCAGCUUCGCGCUCAAACUGUUCUUUCUUAGUACAAACACCUUUAUACCCCCCCUGUCCAGCCUUUGUCUCUUCCCUCUGUAUUUAACCUUCGACGCCUCCAAAGCACCUCUGCGCCUUGUCCGUCACCAUGUGUUAUACCGUUGGAUCAGUCGACCGCGCCCUCAGUAUCUGUCCCAUGUGCAAGGUAUACAAGCCCGCUGGUCAGAGAUGCCCGCACAAGCAGGAAGUGUGUCACAACAGAGAGCUUCACCCCCGCCACGACGUCAUCUACCUCAAGAAUGCGGAAGUCCAAACGUUCAAUGGAUGUGGAUUUUGCAAGUGGGCGCGGAAAUACCCGUCACAAAAGUUGGCCGGCCACGGGAAUAUUGGCUGGCCAGGGUGCUGUCGUGCUCCCAACGCUGGUGAAAACCACCUCAUUCCACCUGCCGACUGGCCUGCCGUCUCUAUCGUGCAUCAGAUCCCCUCGCCUGUCGAUGUUAAGGCCCUUCUCGAUAGCAUUGGCGCCUCUCCGCCACCGCGAAAGGGCAGCCCCGGUCCUACAAUCGUUGCGACGAAGGUCUCCUCACCGCCAGCAUUUUCCAUGCAGCUCGACCGCAGGAACAGCACCACGGCCACUCCCUCGCGCGCUGCGCCCACGAUCAGCAGAACCCAACCCCUUUCUAUACCUAACAAAGGACGAUCCGCGGGUAGCCCAAAGGAGGCUGCCGCAUCUCUCAUGAGCACUACGCCUCGAGCUUCUGGUAUGAAAGAGAACAUUCCCGGUUCGAAUACAUCUCCUCUCGAUUCUAGCCACUCGUAUCGCCGUCAGACUACGGGUGAGCAGACGGAGAAGCGCGGAGACUCCCCAAACACACCUUCUCCUCUCCGCCGGAAUAUCGAUCUGGAGAGUACUAUCUCACGCCGUAGCUCUGAGCGCCGGCCGUCAGUCUCCGCCAUCAGGGUAACCUCCACAAAGGCAUUGGCCGAUAGCCCUCCGUUACGUCGUCGCGCGUCUACGGACGACACGGCGUCUUUCACCAGCCAACCUUCUCUAUCUAGUGGACGGUCCGUCGGUCGUCAGAACACUAUAUCUACAUCCCGUCCCAGCACGAAACGAUCCACUCUAGACGUUGACUUCGCAGCGAUGAGUGUAUCGGGAUCCCCGAGUCCCAGCAGCGCCAGUAGCGAGACUCGCUCACGAAGUGGAAGUGAAGGCACCGUGACCUCAGAUGGUGGAUUUACGGAUUAUCUGUCUGACGAAUCAGAGGCGGAGAUUCAGCGACAGGCGGAAAUGAAGGCUGCGUUGUUGGCUCAAAAUCACAUGGAAGAGCAGGAAUUCAGAGCGGCAAGGCAGCAGCUUGCCCAUGUCGAUCUGCGGCCUCCCAAGUCCUGGAACCCCACCAAUACGGCCACCCCAAGGUCGCAGGGAGCAUCGACGGCGUCGCAGGCUUAUGGUUCCAUCCCCGCCAUCGGGUACGCCUCCCAGACGAGAGGACAAGUCGAUGCGGUCGGAAUUGGUCGCUCAAGGUAAUCACAGUUUGCAGAUUAUAAUUUCAUAAAGGACCUCGAGAACGAGAUUGCAUGUGUUCUCCUCACUUCCCACCCCCACUUAUAUGUCCAUCACAAUUUUGUUUCGAUUAGGUGUAGUAAAGUAGUCGCGGGACUGAAGUAUUCACGUUGAUUCAUGGGAUAUCAUUGAUCUGUACAACAUCUGUCUAUACCUGUACGCAAGCAUUCUUUCCCUGUGUC